AUGGACAUUCCAGUGUCGGAGAUUCCCUUUAACUUCACCAACUGUAGCACAUGUCUCCCUGAAGUCGCUCAGACUGAACUCUCUGGUUCCUUAUGGAAUGAGAUUUACAUGGCCGGUGUCUCCGUUGUGGCGACCCCAGCUAAUCUUAUCGUUAUUGUCUGCCUGUGGAAGGACCCCAGUGCGGAGAUUUCUGGCUUUCCUACCUAUGCAGUCUCCGUGGCGUUCACCGAUUUACUGCACAGACGCAACAUGGAGACUGCUGUGUCAAUGACUCCCUUCAACUUCACCAACUGCAGCACAAGCCUCCCUGGAGUCGCUCAGACUGAUUUCUCGGUUCCCGUGUGGCAUCACAUUUACACUGUCUGUGUCUCUGUCGUGGCGACUGCAGCUAAUCUUAUCGUCAUUGUCUGCCUGUGGAGAGACCCCAGUUCGAAAGUUUCUGGCUUCACUACCUACGCUGUCUCCAUGGCGUUCACUGAUUUACUCGUAGGUGUCGUUCUUAUGCCUUUUAGACUGAUGAGAUCGUUAUGGGCAGAACAAGUGUUCGGACUGACUGUUUGCAUUUUGUGGAAACUUGUCGACUAUGGGGUGACUUCUGUGUCCAUGUUGCUCUUUCUGGCCAUGGGCUAUGAUCGGUACCGAUGUGUGACAGCUCCACUUCAAUACCGUUCUCAGUUUCGAACAACCCAGAUAACCCGGAUGUGCGUAUGUGUGUGGAUAGGAGGUUUUAUCUUAUGGACACCUUACACAUUGUUAAAAGUACUGCUGAACGAGAGGAAGUCGUUUGACUCAAAUUGUCCUGUCUUUAUCUUUAGAGCUAAUGUUUUUGAGGCAAUACAAGUGACAAUAGCAUUCUGCAUUCCUCUGACUGCACUGAUUAUAAUGAACAGCGUUUUGCUAUGGACACUGAACACACGGAUUUCCCUAUCACGUAAAUCAGCAGCUAACGGUCGACAGAUACCAGGUAACAUUUCAACAGUGAGUGACACAAUCGGGCAUCAUUCCAGGCCAUGUCGUCAUGUGAUGUGUGGGUCAGAAAUAAUGGCGAGCAGAAAACAGGUGUCGAAGAAGAGGCAUUCGAGAAAUGCCUCCAGUUAUAAGAUUGUUAUCGUGGUCGUGAUUUUCUGUGUGUUUUGGAUGCCAUAUUUUAUCGCAUGGCCAGUAAACGGACUGUGUCGCACGUGCAUAACGGAUGAGGUGACAGAGUUUUGUGGAUUCUUCACUUAUGGACAGUCCGCCAUUAAUCCGCUGAUCGUCAUUUCUACAAGUCGCCGGAUCCGCUCAAGGAUAACCAGAGCUUGUGUAUGUCUUUCACGGUCAAAGUAA